AUGCACUGCCAAUGCAACGGCUGUGUGAAGAAGAUCAAGGACGGGGUGAAGGAGAUCAGCAUUUCAGAAGGGGUGGAGCGAGCUGAUGUUUCAGCAGAGACGGGAGAGGUGAAGGUGAGAGUGACGGGUGGAGUGGACAUGGACCCAGAGAAGCUCUGCUGCCUGCUGCAAGAGGCAACGAAGAAGAAGUGUGUGAGGAUAGUACUCGAAGAGAGCGUCCCAUCGCCAGGAUCAGGCCGCAUUGCAAGGCCUGGGCAAACCAAGAACACCUCUGUGUCUGGUCAGGUGCCGUCGGACUGGGUGGCUUCGGAUUCUGCUGGGUGGUGGCGACACGACACGAGCACCUUCCCCGCAACCGCCCCGAGCGUCCCGCCCCUGCCGGUGCCGGAGGAGGAUGCAUGGAGCGAGACGACGGUGCCUUCGGAACGGUGCCGGUACCGAUGGGCGGCGCCUGGUAGCACGCUCGGCGUGUGGGCUGCGUCAGAGAUCACCGGGACAUUGGCCAUGUACGAGCUGUGA